AUGACGGCCGUCACCCUCUCCCCGAUGCCCCCUCCCGCUCAGCGCCCCGCCGAGACCACCGUUCCGCACAACACCCGCGACGCUGCGCUCCGGGGCGCUUCUGCGGCCUUUGCGAAACCCCCGACCAAGCCCAAGCCCGCCCUCAACACCUACAGCGGCAGCAAUGGUGCCCUGGCCGCCGCCAAGCGAUCCACCACUCCUCAGCAGCCUGCCCGGAUACAGCGCCAGGAGACGGGCAAUAGCGUCCGCAGCACCACCGCCCACAACAACAGCAACAACAGCAACAACACCCUCUCCCCGCGCAGUGCGGGCCCGCUCGGGGUGCCCAGCUCCCCCGGCACGCGCGCGCGCUCGCCCUCGAUACUGGCCGCGUCGCUAGCAGCCGCUCGACACACUCCCGCCCCUUCCGAAAACACGGACACCAAGGCCCGCAGCAGCACCGUUGCCAGCCGCCAGAGCAGCAGCAGAUCCACCGAUUCGACGCCGGGUCGCGGGGCUGCAGACGACACCAAGGCCAGAUACGGAAUGGACAAGAAGGCCCUCACGCCCACGCGCUCGCCCAAGGGCAGCGUCGUGGCGAAGACUCCGGAGACGACGGACGCGACGUCCAUCCAGCCCACGACGAACCUCGUCAAGAUGUUCGAGCAGAACAAUGACGCGCCGAGCAAGAGCCCCAGGCCUAGUCCAAAGCCCAGUCCCAAACCCAAACCGAUCCUCGGGCCCGUCCUCACGUCGCGCGGGCCCGCUCCGGAGAUCAAGUCACCCAAACCACAACGGAACAUAACGCCGCAGUUCGCGGCUGCGCCCUCGUACGGGGCACUUCAGGAGGCGCCGCCGCCCAAGGCGCAACGUCCUGUCAGCGCUGGCGAGGGCGAAGCGCGGCGCGUCGUCUCUGACAAGCCGCGGCCGAAGCCGAAACCUGCCGCGUUGUCGGGCGAGGUCCCCACGAAAGGGCGCGUCGCGUCGUCGCAAUCUGCGAUGAAACCGACGCUCCCGCCUAUACCUGCUAAGAAGAAGGCCCCAGACUACGAUGCGUCGCGGCGCAAGAGCGACGUCCCGCCGCCGCGGAAAGCAGACGAUGCUGACAGCGACGACUCCGAGGCGUACGCCUCCGCCCCGGAGACCAAAGCUGACGAGACCAAGGAGAAGCCCUCGGUGCCACCCCCACGCAAGAAAGGAGUCACCAAGCCCGCGCCAGCAGACACGGCAGUCAUCACGACCAUCACCAACGCGCCCGCAGUGCCUCCACCGCGCCGCGCCGGACAGAAGCCCGCACUCCCUGAACGCACGACUCAGCAGCCCUCCAAGCCGGUCGCUCCGCCGCCCCCACGACGUCGCUCCCACUCCGACGCCGGGCAUGCGAAGGCCCCGCCGCCGACGCUCCCGUCCACGAGCUCGACGUAUAAGCGCGGCUCGCUCAAGCUGCUGCAGCCGCACAUGACGGGAGACGGCCUCGCAAACGCAAUGGUCGGGGCGGCGCUCGCCUCCUCGCAGGGGACAUCGCCAGCCUCCACAUCUGCAGGACCGCCGCUACCGCCGCCGCGCAAGGGAGAGCAGCACCAUCACCAUCUCCUCCCCCACGGCCAUCACAAGAACCCCCUACACGCGCUCCCGCUUACCUCACGCACGCCCAGCCCACCCAAGCGUACGGGCGCAAACGGCACGCCGCUCCUGCGGCCGACGCUGCGCAAGCAGCCAAGCAGCAGCAGCGAGGACAGCGACUCGGGCCGCGACACAAAGCACAAGCGCAAGCGGCACCUGGGCCCGAAGGCGCCGAACCGGCACGCCGAGGGCGCGCGGCGCCGGUGGCGGGACUCGGUGACGCCGCGCGAGAAGAAGCGGUACGAGGGCGUGUGGGCGGCAAACAAGGGGCUGUGUCUGGAGAUGGUGUAUCCUCGGUGCGGGUUAAAGGCCGAGGACGAAGGGAGGGGCUUGGAAGACGAGGUUGUAGGCGCGGUCGUAAGGGACAUUUGGGGCCGCUCGCGGCUGCCGGCUGGAGUGCUUCAGGAGGUUUGGGACCUGGUGGAUGAGAGGGGGGUGGGGCGGUUGAGAAGGGAGGAGUUUGUGGUCGGCAUGUGGUUGGUGGAUCAGGCUUUGAAGGGUCGGAAGCUGCCGGUUAAGGUGCAGGAGAGCGUGUGGAGGAGCGUGACGGGGGCGGGGGUGAAGAUUCGGGUGAGGAAAUAG